UCCCAUGUAUCAUAAAUUACUUAUAAAGGCCCAACCAACACAAGCCACGCACAUUGUACUUACUUACUUGUGAACAUCCAUCCAUCGACGACGGCGAGCUGAGAGGAAGAAAGAGAGGAUUAGAUUUAUCUCAUCAGCUCUCCUCGGAAUCCGAUAAUCAAUUUGACUCUCUUUCUGUCUGUCCAAUGGCUCUGGUUGGGCAUCCACUCUUACUCCCUCUGAUCAUCUCUUCCUCAUUUCUCUCCCUCUUCUUCCCUUCUUCCCUAGGAGUAGGAGAAGGGAGGGGCGGCGGCGGGGAGAAUGAUUUCAUCAGCUGGAGGGAGAAAUACCCCUUCAUAAAACGCGCAAGCUCCCACACUUCCUCGUCGGCGUCGUCGUCGAGCUCCGCCGUGGGAGGCGGCGGGAGCAAGGCGUACGAUUACAUUAUAGUGGGAGGGGGCACGGCGGGGUGCCCCCUGGCGGCGACGCUGUCCCGCAACUUCAGCGUCCUCUUGCUGGAGAGGGGCGGCGUCCCCUUUGCCAACGCCAACGUCUCCUUCCUCGAGAACUUCCACAUCUCCCUGGCCGACACCUCGCCGUCCUCCGCCUCCCAGAUCUUCGUCUCCACCGACGGGGUGUACAACGCUAGGGCCAGAGUUCUUGGCGGCGGCACCGCCAUCAAUGCCGGCUUCUACACUCGAGCUAGCCCAAGUUACAUCAAGAGAGCGGGAUGGGAGGCGAAGCUGGUGAAUGAAUCCUACCAAUGGAUAGAGAAUCAAAUAGUCCACAGGCCCAAGCUGACGUCAUGGCAACAAGCCUUCACCGACGGCCUUCUAGAAGCCGGCAUCUCCCCCUUCAACGGCUUCACCUACGACCACGUCUACGGCACCAAGGUCGGAGGAACAACCUUCGACCGCUUCGGCCGCCGCCACACCGCCGCCGAGCUCCUCGCCUCCGCCAACCCCGCGAACCUCGAGGUCCUGGUGCACGCCACCGUCCAGAGGGUCGCGUUCGACACGUCGGGGAGGAGGCCGAGGGCGGUGGGAGCCGUGUUCCGCGACGAAAACGGGGACCAGCAUGAGGCCUUCCUCUCCAGAAGGAGAGGGGGGGAGGUGAUCGUGACGAGCGGGGCCAUAGGGAGCCCGCAGCUCCUGUUGCUGAGCGGGAUUGGGCCCCGCUCGGAGCUCGACGGGCUGAAGAUUCCCGUGGUGUUGGAGAAUGACAACGUCGGGAAGGGCAUGGCGGACAACCCUCUGAACACCAUCUUCGUGCCAUUGAAACACGCUGCGCCCUUCUCUCUCAUACAAACGGUGGGGAUCACUAAGAUGGGUGUUUACAUUGAGGCCAGCAGCGGGUUUGGGCAGUCCCCCGAUAGCAUCCACUGCAACCAUGGCAUUACUUCUGCAGAGAUAGGACAGCUUUCCACAAUUCCACCAAAGCAAAGAACCAAAGAAGCAAUUGAAGCCUUCAAGAGAAACAAGAACAAUCUCCCACAUGAAGUCUUCAGAGGAGGUUUCAUACUCGAAAAGAUCGCAAAGCCGUUGUCAAAGGGGCACCUGAAGAUCAAAAACACAAACGUGGAAGACAACCCGGCGGUGACAUUCAACUACUUCGCCCACCCGGAGGACCUCAAGAAAUGCGUGGCCGGGAUCCGGGUCGUCGAGAAGAUCGUCAAGUCCAAACGGUUCGCGAACUACACUGGGUGCGACAAGAAGACGGCCGACCGGCUGCUGAAGAUGAGCGCCAGAGCUAACGUUAAUUUGAUACCCAGACACACCAACGACUCCCGCUCGGUCGAGCAGUUCUGCAAGGACACUGUCGUCACCAUUUGGCACUACCACGGCGGCUGCCACGUCGGCAAGGUCGUCUCCCCCGAUUUUCGGGUCCUCCGCGUCCAUAGGCUUCGUGUGGUUGAUAGCUCCGUCCUUUCUCAGUCCCCCGGCACUAAUCCUCAAGCCACUCUCAUGAUGAUGGGCCGAUACAUGGGAGUGAAGAUAUUAAGAGAGAGAUUGGGAAAGAAUGUUGCAGGUUUGUAAAGGAGAAGGAGGCAGUGGACGAAGAUGCAUCAUUAUGGAAUAUAAUAUACCUUUUCUUCUUUUCUUUUUUUCCUCUCUUUUUAAUCUUAAAUUUUAGUUGGAGUGGUGUUUGGGUUGUGAUAAAAGUGCAUGUCUAUU